AGAAUAGAGACGACUUGCUUGAGAGCGUAAACUUAAGGGACGAUUUUAGGCUUUUUUCUCUCUAUGAUUUUAUAGUGGCCCGUUUGUUUUCUUGAUAAUUAGUAUUCUGGAAUUUGAAUUCAGAUUUAGAAAUCAUUUUCUCAGUCUUUCUUGGUUGAUAGAUAAAAAUCAUAACAGCUGCAAGCAAAUAAACCCUAAAGCUCCAUGGAUUCUUCUUCUUCUUCAUCUCAGCAAAACCAAUAUCCUUCUUAUCCUGCAUCCCAACAACAAUCCUACAACCCAUCUCGUUUUCAAGCCUAUGAUCGUCAAUCAUAUUACUCCAAUUAUCAAGACCCACAUCAACAACAACAGCCGCAGAUAUAUCAUCAUCAACAACAGCAGCUGCAGCCGCAGUAUCAUCAUCAACAACCCCAACACCAAUAUUCAUCGUAUUACCCUCCCAAUUAUUCAAAUUCAUAUCCACCACAACACCCACAAGCCCAUCAACAAUGGAAUCAUCAAGAACCCCCAAUUCAUCCGCCAGGGGUUUCAAUUCAACCCUCUUCGGCAUCACAUGGGCAACCGCACUUUCAGUUACCGAAUCAGCAGAAUGGUUAUCACUUGCCCCAAAGGACAGACGGGAUUGGGCUAGGGAUGAAUCCUGUGGCAGCGUUGGCACAGUUGAACCAGUUAGCAAGUUCCGUGGGUGCAGCGGAAAGGCUGACGGCCACGGGUGGAUUGCACGGCCAGAGUUGGUACCCCCAGGCUCAAGGGUUCGGACCCGUGAUUGGAGGACCGGGUGCCUAUACGGGUCCGGGUCUGGGAUCUGGUGCAUUUCCUGGAAAUGGGGCGGGGCCAUCUGGAUUGCAUUCUCAUGUUGGUCAAUCAUUAGAUAAGGGUGGUGGUAGAAGGAUGGGUGGUGAUAGAAGGAGGGGUGAUGGUCAGAGCAAAGGUGGUGAUAGAAGGAGGGGUGAUGGUCAGAGCAAAGGUGGUGAUAGAAGGAGGGGUGAUGGUCAGAGCAAAGGUGGUGAUAGAAGGAGGGGUGAUGGUCAGAGCAAAGGUGGUGAUAGAAGGAGGGGUGAUGGUCAGAGCAAAGGUGGUGAUAGAAGGAGGGGUGAUGGUCAGAGCAAAGGUGGUGAUAGAAGGAGGGGUGAUGGUCAGAGCAAAGGUGGUGAUAGAAGGAGGGGUGAUGGUCAGAGUAAAGGUGGUGAUAGGAGGGGGGAUAAAGUUAGUAAUUCUGCUGGAGUUGGUAGGUGUGACCUGUGCAAUGUUGAUUGCGGUUGUUUGGGCAUCCUUAAGAUGCACUUGAAUGGAAAGCGGCACAAAAGGAACUUGGAAAAAUUGGAAGCAAAUGAAAACAGAACUGUUAGUGAUGUCGAGAAUGUGCAGAAACCUUCUGGUGAUUUAGAACCAGGAACGGCCAUGAAGCUUGAUAACUUGCUUGUGGAAGAAGAGACUAAGCAGAAUGUACCACAAAAUAUUCCUUUAACAGCCAUGAAGCCUGAUAACUUGCUUGUGGAAGAAGAGACUAAGCAGAAGUCGCCACAAAAUAUUCCUUUAACAGCCAUGAAGCCUGAUGACUUGCUUGUUGAAGUAGAGACCAAGCAGAAUCCACCACAAAAUAUUCCUUUAACAGACAUGAAGCCUGAUAACUUGCUUGUGGAAGAAGAGACUCAGCAGAAUCCACCACAAAAUAUUCCUUUAACAGCCACGAAGCCUGAUGACUUGCUUGCUGAAGAAGAGACAAAGCAGAAUCCACCACAAAAUAUUCCUUUAACAGACAUGAAGCCUGAUAACUUGCUUGUGGAAGAAGAGACUCAGCAGAAUCCACCACAAAAUAUUCCUUUAACAGACAUGAAGCCUGAUAACUUGCUUGUGGAAGAAGAGACUCAGCAGAAUCCACCACAAAAUAUUCCUUUAACAGACAUGAAGCCUGAUAACUUGCUUGUGGAAGAAGAGACUCAGCAGAAUCCACCACAAAAUAUUCCUUUAGAUACUUCAUCUUCUGAAAAUAAAUUAGUAACUGAACAGAAAAUCAAUAAUGCACAACAAGCUGAUCCACCUAAAGAUGCAAAUCGAGAUUCACCGGAAAAGAAACCUAUGAUGAAUCAAUCUGGAAAUCAGAGGUCCAGUGUGAAACGUAAGACGUUAGUUGGUGGAAGGAAGAAAAAUAAAGCUUCUAAAGCAAGGAGGCUGGCGAUUGAACCUUCCAAUUCUAAUGUUGCAAUUCCUUUGAUGUGUGACCUGUGUAAUGUGCAAUGUGAUACACGGGAGAUUCUGAGACAACAUCUUUUGGGUAGACAGCACAAGUCAGCGCUCAAGUGUGUUGAAGGUCACCACCCUAUAUAUGGACAAGCAGGACUUCAAGCAAUUUAUCCGCCUAAUCCCGUCACAAAUUCCCUACACCAUUCACAGGGUGCUCAACAAGUUUUGAAUGGUGCUCAAGCUUCAGAUCCCAUUGCUGGUGCUUCUCUUCUUCCUCAAAAUGAAAAUGCUGUGCCUUCUGCGACAGGAGUCAGUUUGAAUUGAUAUGGAAGAAAGGUAACAACUAUACCUGCAGUGCGUAGAGAAAUGACGCCCAAUCUGUGAAUAAUCUGGGUGACUACUACAUCUGAUCAUGUAAAUGCAGGUUUUCAGCAGGUGACGACAGUCCAUUUGCAGUUGAUGUUGUUGGCGUCCUACCUCUGAUCAGAUGGUGAUAAUUACAUAUAUGGCUCAGUGUUAGGCGCGAGCUUUGGCUUGUUUUCUUCUCCCCCUUUCACACACGGGGAUAGUUCAGAAAGUUACAAUUGUUAAGCCAGCUGGUAAUUUUACUCAAACAAGUUCUGAAGUAAUUUUCCCAGUCUCAAGUCUGAGAACGUAGUAGUUACUGUUACUGUUA